GGUUCUGGCCGAGAGCUGAAACUGCCACGCAUAAGCGCCUGAACCAGCGGGGUUGCCUCAGGCCGGAUUUCCCCGGCCAUCUUAUCUUCUUCAGCUUCAGCUUCAGCCUCCCCUGUCGGCCCUCCUUUCCUUCUCAUCGCCUCUUCGUCCUCGAUCAAUUCGUCUAGUCUUAUCGCCCUUGCUAUUACUUUCUUGUAUUCUUAUUGAAAUCUUUAUAUUUCUUUCUCAAAAUUAUCAAAAUUUCUCUUAUCCCCCAUACUUAUCUCAAUGGCCCGAACGCAUCCCAGUUCCUUCCAGCAGCUGGAAAAGCUUGGUGAAGGAACCUACGCCACGGUCUACAAAGGCCGAAACUGUCAGACAGGGGAAAUGGUGGCGUUGAAGGAGAUCCACCUCGACUCAGAAGAAGGAACACCCUCGACAGCGAUUCGCGAGAUUUCGCUUAUGAAGGAGCUCCACCACGACAACGUUUUAUCACUCUACGACGUCGUCCAUACCGAGAACAAACUCAUGUUGGUUUUCGAAUAUAUGGACCAAGACUUGAAGCGCUACAUGGAUACUCACGGCAAUCACGGCCAGUUGGAACCCUCGAUCAUAAAGUCAUUCUCCUUUCAACUCCUGCGGGGUAUAACAUUUUGCCAUGACAAUCGAAUUCUCCACCGCGAUCUCAAGCCCCAGAAUCUACUUAUCAACUCCAAGGGCCAGCUCAAGCUCGCCGACUUUGGCCUCGCGCGCGCAUUCGGAAUCCCAGUCAAUACAUUCUCCAACGAAGUCGUGACACUUUGGUACCGCGCGCCGGACGUGCUUCUUGGGAGCCGCACUUAUAAUACUAGCAUCGAUGUCUGGUCAAUUGGUUGCAUUAUUGCAGAGAUGUUCACUGGCCGUGCGCUGUUCCCGGGCACAACAAAUGAAGAUCAACUUCAGAGAGUCUUCCGUGUCAUGGGUACGCCAGCCGAACGCACCUGGCCAGGCGUAUCGCAGUUUCCGGAGUAUAAAAGCAAUUUUCCCGUCUAUGGUGCUCAGGAUCUCCGACAUAUUGUCCCUAGAAUCGAUCCAUUGGGUCUCGACCUGCUUAGGUGUAUGUUGCGUCUUCCACCUGACCUGCGCAUCAGUGCUGCCGAUGCACUACGACACCCCUGGUUCGAUGACCUUCCUGGGGCCCGAGCUGUCUCUUCGUGA